CCUUGCCACCACUCCACUGCUUUUUAGCGGUUCUUCUUCCUGGUUUUCCUGCAGAUUUCGUGUUGGUGGACUAUCGUCAUUUUGGUCUCUAACCUUAAUUUGGGUUCAAAACCGGGUUUUUUUUAAUAAAAUAAAAAAACUGGGUAUUGCUUGGUUUCUGUUCCAAUUCUGAGUUUUUGUGUGUUACAUGGUGGCUCCCUGAUUGGUUCUGAUCUGUGAAUGAUUUUGUUGUGAGAGGAAGUUAGAGAGUGUGACUGCGUGUUAGAGAAAAGGGAAGAGAUGGGGGACAAGUCUGAAGUUUUGGACGCUGUUUUGAAGGAAGUUGUGGAUUUGGAAAACAUACCCAUUGAGGAAGUAUUAGAGAAUCUGAGAUGUAGCAGAGAGGGUCUCACCACGGAGGCUGCCGAGGAGAGGCUAACCAUUUUCGGGCACAACAAGCUUGAAGAGAAAAAGGAGAGCAAAUUCUUGAAAUUUUUGGGGUUCAUGUGGAAUCCUCUGUCUUGGGUUAUGGAAGCUGCUGCCAUCAUGGCGAUUGCGCUUGCGAAUGGAGGAGGGAAGCCCCCGGAUUGGCAAGAUUUUGUAGGCAUUAUUGUCCUGCUUUUCAUCAACUCAACAAUUAGUUUCAUCGAGGAAAAUAAUGCUGGUAAUGCUGCGGCCGCUCUCAUGGCUCGUCUCGCUCCAAAAGCAAAGGCUCUUCGAGAUGGAAGAUGGAGUGAGUAUGAUGCUGCGGUCUUAGUUCCUGGUGAUAUUAUCAGUGUUAAACUGGGAGAUAUUAUUCCGGCUGAUGCUCGACUUCUUGAAGGAGAUCCAUUAAAAAUCGACCAGUCUGCACUUACUGGCGAGUCCCUUCCAGUCACGAAAGGUCCUGGAGAUGGUGUCUACUCUGGUUCGACUUGUAAACAGGGAGAAAUUGAAGCAGUGGUCAUUGCUACUGGGGUCCAUACAUUCUUUGGGAAGGCUGCUCACCUUGUUGAUACCACCAACCAAGUGGGCCACUUCCAACAGGUCUUGACUGCAAUUGGGAAUUUCUGUAUUUGUUCAAUUGCUGUGGGGAUGGUUAUAGAACUUAUUGUUAUGUUUCCCAUCCAAGAUCGGAAGUAUCGUCCCGGAAUUGACAAUCUUCUUGUUCUUCUCAUUGGAGGAAUUCCAAUUGCCAUGCCUACAGUUCUCUCUGUGACAAUGGCGAUUGGUUCUCAUAGGUUAUCUCAGCAGGGAGCUAUCACAAAAAGGAUGACAGCAAUUGAAGAGAUGGCCGGCAUGGAUGUCCUUUGCAGUGACAAGACUGGAACUCUGACGUUGAACAAGCUUACAGUUGACAAGGCUCUUAUUGAGGUUUUUGCGAAAGGAGUUGAUGCAGAUACUGUUGUUCUGAUGGCAGCUCGAGCCUCUAGAACAGAGAAUCAAGAUGCAAUUGAUACUGCUAUAGUUGGGAUGUUGGCUGAUCCAAAGGAGGCACGUGCUGGCAUUCAAGAAAUACACUUUCUCCCUUUUAAUCCUACUGAUAAGCGGACAGCAUUGACUUAUAUUGACCGUGAUGGUAAAAUGCACCGAGUCAGCAAAGGUGCACCGGAACAGAUUCUGAACCUCGCCCAUAAUAAGUCAGACAUUGAGCGCAGAGUUCACGCCGUGAUUGAUAAGUUUGCAGAGCGAGGUUUACGAUCUCUUGCCGUAGCAUACCAGGAAGUUCCGGAAGGAAGGAAGGAGAGUGCUGGAGGACCAUGGCAGUUCAUUGGUCUAAUGCCUCUCUUUGACCCACCUAGGCAUGACAGUGCAGAGACAAUAAGGAGGGCUUUAAAUCUUGGAGUGAAUGUGAAAAUGAUUACAGGUGAUCAACUUGCAAUAGGAAAGGAAACUGGACGUCGGUUGGGAAUGGGUACUAACAUGUAUCCUUCAUCAGCUUUGCUAGGACAGGACAAGGAUGAGUCUAUUGCAGCUUUACCAAUAGAUGAGCUGAUAGAGAAAGCUGAUGGCUUUGCUGGUGUUUUCCCUGAGCACAAAUAUGAAAUUGUAAAGCGUUUGCAAGCGAGGAAGCAUAUAUGCGGCAUGACUGGUGAUGGAGUGAAUGAUGCUCCUGCCCUAAAAAAAGCUGACAUUGGGAUAGCUGUUGCUGAUGCAACAGAUGCAGCUCGUAGUGCUUCAGACAUUGUCCUCACAGAACCUGGUCUUAGUGUUAUCAUAAGUGCUGUUUUGACUAGUCGGGCAAUCUUCCAGAGGAUGAAAAAUUACACAAUUUAUGCGGUUUCCAUUACCAUUCGUAUUGUGCUUGGCUUCAUGCUGCUGGCGCUCAUAUGGAAGUUUGACUUUCCACCUUUUAUGGUGCUUAUCAUUGCGAUCCUUAAUGAUGGUACUAUUAUGACCAUAUCAAAAGAUAGGGUGAAACCGUCUCCUUUACCGGAUAGUUGGAAGCUAGCUGAGAUUUUUACCACUGGCAUUGUUCUUGGUAGUUACUUGGCAAUGAUGACGGUUAUAUUUUUCUGGGCUGCAUACAAGACAGAUUUUUUCCCGCGCACAUUUGGGGUGUCAACUCUUGAAAAAACCGCUCAUGAUGACAUCCGGAAACUUGCUUCAGCAAUAUAUCUGCAAGUGAGCAUCAUUAGUCAGGCCCUCAUAUUUGUGACACGAUCUAGAAGUUGGUCAUUUGUUGAGCGUCCUGGGAUGUUGCUUGUAGUGGCUUUUGUUAUUGCUCAGCUGAUUGCUACCUUGAUUGCGGUCUAUGCAAAUUGGAGCUUUGCUGCAAUUGAAGGGAUUGGAUGGGGUUGGGCUGGCGUGAUCUGGCUGUAUAACAUAAUCUUCUAUUUCCCUCUUGAUCCCAUAAAGUUCUUUAUACGCUAUGCUCUAAGUGGGAGGGCUUGGGAUCUUGUCAUUGAGCAGAGGAUUGCUUUCACAAGACAAAAGGACUUUGGGAAGGAACAGCGGGAACUCCAAUGGGCACAUGCACAGAGAACAUUGCAUGGGUUGCAGCCACCCGACACCAAGAUGUUUACUGAACGAACACAUUUCACAGAACUCAAUCAAAUGGCUGAAGAAGCCAAAAGAAGAGCUGAAAUUGCAAGAUUGAGAGAACUCCAUACACUGAAAGGUCACGUGGAAUCAGUGGUGAGACUGAAGGGUCUAGAUAUAGACACAAUUCAGCAAGCAUACACAGUCUGAGGAAAGUUCAUAUAUUAAUCCUUACUAAACGCUGCUGUGAAAGCUGCUUCUUCUAGCGCUGAGAGUAAAGAGAAUGUAAUCAACAUAAUGUCCCUCUGAGUUCAACCCCAAAACAACCUUUUAAAUAUGACACUGUAAUGUCCAUUUGCAGCGGUUACAGAUAGAUGCUGAGGCGUCAGCUCUUAUCUAUUUUCUUCCCCUUUGUGUUUUUGGACCUCUCUUCUCAAGUAGAUAACAGUGAAGUGCUUAUUAUAUAUAUUAAUGGCAUAUCAUGUCCAUAUUGGUGAGGUUUA